UGUACCUAACUAUGCGUCAAUUACUCAACCAAUAAAUAACAAAAGUAGACUAUUUAUCUAUUAAUGUGAAAAGAAACUUUACUUAGGGUGGCCUUUGAAUUCAACUAGUGGGAGAAACAGAAACCCCUCCUAAAAUUGUGUGACUAACAUAAGAUGAACUCUAACCAUUUUCUUUAUUAUAUGCUAACCAGAAAGAUAAUAAUCCUUAAUUACUCUUCUAAUCACAUGUUGUCUAUCUUCUGUUUAUGCUUAAUAUUUUUCACUUCUUUUAACCAUUGUUUAGCAAAAGAUACCAUAACCAUUAACAAUUUGAUAAGAGAUGGAGGAAAAGAUACUCUCAUUUCAGCAGGAGAAAAUUUUGAACUUGGAUUUUUCACUCCUAAUGGAAGCUCUAGUAUUGAUAGAAGAAGAUAUGUUGGAAUAUGGUACUACAAUUUGACUCCAAAAACAGUUGUUUGGGUUGCAAAUAGAGAUAAUCCAGUUCAAGAUUCAAGUGGUAGUUUUGUCAUUUCAGAAGAUGGAAAUCUCAUGGUUUUGGAUAGUAGUGGAAAAUCUUACUGGAGUACAAAUCUUGAAACAUCAUCGUCUUCGUUACAUAGGAAAGUGAAACUGUUAGACAGUGGAAACCUUAUUGUAAGUGAAGAAGAACAAGAACAUGGACAAGGACAAGGACAAGGACAAGGACCAGGAAAAGUGAUGAUUCUUUGGCAAAGUUUUGCAAAUCCAACAGAUACAUUUCUUCCAGGUAUGAAAAUGGAUGAAAGUUUAUCAUUAACUUCAUGGAGAAGUAACGAAGAACCUGCAUCCGGGAACUUUACUUUCGAACAAGAUGAAAAAGUGAAUCAAUAUAUUAUAUGGAAGAGAUCUAUGAAGUAUUGGAAAAGUAGUGUAUCAGGAAAAUUUGUUGGAAGUGGUGAAAUGUCUUCAGCAAUAUCUUACCUUUUGUCAAAUUUCACUAUGAAAGUAUCACCAAACAACACUGUUCCCUUUUUGACUUCAUCACUGUAUAAGAACACAAGGAUGGUUAUGAAUUAUUGGGGCCAACUUCGGUAUCUAAAGAUGGAUUCGCAGAAAAAAUGGUUGUUGGUUUGGGUUGAACCAAGAGAUAGAUGCAGUGUUUUCAAUGCAUGUGGAAAUUUCGGUAGCUGUAAUAGUAAAUAUGAUUCUAUGUGCAAGUGUUUACCGGGAUUUAAGGCUAAUUCGGUUGAAAGUUGGAAAAGUGGAGAUUUUUCGGGUGGAUGCAGUAGGAAAACAAAUGUGUGUAGUGAGAAUGCGAAGAGUGACAUGUUUUUGAGCUUGAAAAUGAUGAAAGUCGGAAACCCUGAUGCUCAAUUUAAUGCUAAGAAUGAAGAGGAGUGUAAGAUGGAGUGUCUUAAUAAUUGUCAGUGUUAUGCGUAUUCGUAUGACGAUAUUGAAAAGGUUGCAAGGAUGGGUGAUAGUGGUGAUCCUGUUUGCUGGAUUUGGUAUGAUGAUUUGAAUAAUCUUGAAGAAGAGUAUGAGAGUGGCUGUGAUCUGAAUGUUAGAGUUGCAUUUUCUGAUAUAGAAUCAACAGGUAGAAGUUGUGGGACUUGUGGCACAAACUUCAUUCCAUAUCCCCUUAGCACAGGCCAACACUGUGGUGACCCCGUGUACUUCAAUUUUCACUGCAAUACUACCAAUGCUGAGCUUCAAUUUGAGACGUCCGGAAAAACUUAUCAAGUCAUAAGUAUAAAUCCAGAAACACAGAAAUUCUUGAUUCAUCAAAAAAAUGUACUUAACUGUGAGGGUCAAAGUUCUCUACUUCUCAACAAAUCAUCUCCAUUUCAUAUUACCGGAAAUUGCUAUGUCGAUCCAAGUACCUUUAGUUCUAAUGCUCCUCUAAAACACGGAGUCGAAAUUGAGUUAAGUUGGAAGUCUCCAAUAGAGCCAAUUUGUUCUUCAUUGUUGGACUGCAAAGAUUGGCCGAACUCGAAUUGCAAUACAACGAGUGAUGGAAAGAAGAGAUGCCUUUGCAAUAAAAACUUUCUUUGGGAUGGUUUCAAACUAAAUUGUACUCGAGAAGGCGACAGAUACAAAACAAAACGGCAUCUGUCCUCACCUGUGAUCAUUGUACUGACUUUAGCAACUGUGAUUCUCUUAAUUAUUCUCUCAAGUACUAUUACAUGUACAUAUGUGCGCAAACGGAGACAGUCCAAGACACAAGAAAACAAGGGAUAUGUUCAAAAAACCUCAGGCAUCAACUUGUAUGACAGUGAGAGAUAUGUUAGGGACAUGAUCGAAUCUAGUAGAUUCAAAGAAGAUGAUGCACAAGCUAUAGAUAUUCCACAUUUUCAUCUUGAAAGCAUACUUGAUGCUACUAAUAACUUUGCAAAUGCAAACAAGCUUGGACAAGGUGGGUUUGGUCCUGUCUACAAGGGAAAAUUUCCAGGUGGACAAGAAAUUGCAGUAAAAAGACUUUCAAGUUGUUCUGGACAAGGUAUGGAGGAGUUUAAGAAUGAAGUUGUUUUGAUCGCGAAACUUCAACAUCGAAACUUGGUUAGACUUCUAGGUUAUUGUGUUGAAGGAGAUGAAAAGAUGUUAGUAUAUGAAUAUAUGCCAAAUAGAAGCUUGGAUGGUUUCAUUUUUGACAAGAAGUCGUGUGUUUUAUUAGACUGGGAUACGCGCUUUAAGAUUAUAUUGGGGAUUGCUCGAGGACUUCUCUAUUUGCACGAAGAUUCUAGGUUGAGGAUUAUUCAUAGAGAUCUGAAAGCAAGCAACAUUCUACUAGACGAAGAGAAGAACCCUAAAAUCUCAGACUUUGGCUUAGCGAGGAUAUUUGGAGGAAAAGAGACGGUAGCGAACACAGAAAGAGUGGUUGGAACAUAUGGUUACAUGUCUCCAGAGUAUGCCCUUGAUGGACAUUUUUCAGUGAAGUCCGAUGUUUUUAGCUUCGGUGUUGUGGUACUUGAGAUUAUUAGUGGAAAAAGAAACACCGGAUUUUAUCAAGUCGAACAUGAAUUGAGUCUUCUUGGAUAUGCAUGGCAUUUGUGGAAAGUAAGCAGGGCAAUGGACUUCAUAGACCAAACACUAACAUGCAAUGAAGAAGAAUGCUUAAAAUGUGUGAAUGUGGGGCUACUAUGCUUACAAGAAGACCCAAAUGAACGUCCUACAAUGUCAAAUGUGGUAUUUAUGCUAGGAAGUGAAUCUAAUACUCUUCCAACUCCUAAGGAACCAGCCUUUGUUAUUAGAAGAUGCCCUUCAAGCAGAGCAUCUACAUCUAGUAAAAUUGAAACUUUUUCACGUAAUGAAUUGACCGUCACUUUGGAAAAUGGUAGGUAGCUUACACUCUUAAUUUUGGUUUAAUUGAAAUAAAAUAUUAUUUGGUCCUAAGUUUAAUUCUUGGUCAAUAUAUGAAUGAAUAUGUAACUUAGGGGUCACAAUGGACAAGAUCUGAGUAGGGUACUAUAAUAUUAAUAUUUUUUGGUACAAACCCUAAUGUAAUCUUAUCUGCAAGAAAUAUUUUUUAUUUUUAUUUUUA